AUGGAAGUCGACUCAUACAUAAAAUUACAGAAAAAUACGGAAGAGAAGAUUGAUAAAGCCGCUUCUAACCUCAAAAAAUCACCCAAGUCGCGGAUUACAAUUACAUACUUAGAAACAAGGUUAGAACUGUUAGAAGGCUAUUGGAAAUGCUUCGAGAACAAUCAUCAGGCUAUUGUGUUAGAAUCCGAGGAUCCUAACAAUACCUACUUCACAGCUGAAACUUAUGAUAGAGUCGAAGAAAAAUACAUCGAAUAUAAAUGUCAGUUAAAAGAGGCUUUGGACAAAAUCAACCCUCAAGCAAGCUUGCCAACAGCAUCCACAGCUCACUCACACAAUAUGCAAAAUGAAUCUAAUGUAUCCAACGUAUCCAGUGCAGUGAAGCUACCAAGAAUUGUUAUCCCAGUGUUUUCUGGCAAGUAUGCAGAGUGGCCUACCUUUCAUGACUUAUUCGAAUCUGUGAUCCACAACAAUCAAACUUUAGCACCUGUGCAGAAGCUCCAUUAUUUGAAAGGUCACCUGACAGGUGAGGCAGAGCAAUUGAUCCGACACACACCUAUAACUGAUGCCAAUUAUGAACAAUGUUGGGCUUUAUUAAAGAAAAGGUACAGCAACACACGCUAUAUCUCAUCAUGCAUACUCAACCGAUUAAUAAGCCAAAAGACCUUAUCCACUGCAUCUUCUUAUGGAGUCAAGCAGUUAUUAGACACAACAAAUGAAUGUUUAAGUGCUCUCACCAACAUGAAUGUUGACGUUUCAACCUGGGAUCUCAUCAUUAUCCACCUGAUCAUACAGAAGCUUGAUCAGGAAUCCCGGAAAGAAUGGGAACACAAGAUCAGUGAUAUCUCAGAUUCACUACCAACUUUUAGUGAAUUUUCAACGUUCCUGGAAUCCAGAUUCAGAGCAUUAGAGUUCCUAGAGCCAAGUAACAAGAGAGAAACAAGACCCAAAGAAACAGAGCGUCCUAAAGUGUUCAGUGUUACUACAACGGCGUCAUCUGUAUCCUGUCCAUGCUGUGCAGAGGCUCACUUGUUGUAUCAAUGUAAGCAGUUUAGCCAGGACUCGGUACAACAACGGCGGGACUUUGUCAAAAACAAGGCGUUGUGCUUCAACUGCUUUGGAGCAAAGCAUUCUGCAGUACAGUGCAAGCGCGACACAUCAUGUAAGCGCUGUGGCCGUCGUCACCAUUCCCUGCUGCAUCUGGAUAGCGAGCAACCACCUUCAGUGCCAUCGAGUCGAGUCAGUGAAGGGGAAAAGAUCCACACCAAACAGCGUGAAGCUAUCCAUGAGAAGCCAGAGCAGAAGGAACCUGUACCUAGUAACAUUGUAGCGCAUGCUACUGAAGGUUCGUGUGAAUCCAAUACUUCCAAUAGUGAGGUAAUGUUAACUACGGCAUUAGUUAAGGUAGAAAAUAAGGGCAAUUGUCAUACACUUAGGGCAUUUCUUGACCAGGGUUCACAAAUAUCAUUUGUGACUGAGCAUACUGUUCAGUUACUUCAGUUACACAAGAUACCUGUAAAUGGUAGUGUUGAUCCAUCAGGACUGGGCGGGGAGAAAGUUCCAUUGCCAACAGCAAUUAAGCACAAGGUUCAAUUCGUAAUACAAUCCACUUGUGGCUCUUUUAGUUGUGUUGUUCAGGCAUAUGUGGUAAGUCAGGUUACUAAUUCCAUUCCUUCACAGAAAGUUGAGAUUCAUGAUUGGCCACAAUUGAAGAAAUUAAAGAUGGCAGAUCCAGGAUAUGAGACUCCAGGCCAUGUGGACAUGUUGCUGGGUGCUGAGGUGUAUGGACAGACCCUGACGGAUGGUAUUGUACGGGAUCCGAAGUCUACCCUGAUAGCACAAAACACCGCUUUGGGCUGGAUCCUGUCAGGAAGAACACAAGUGAGUAACCAUUCUAAUAGCUUUAUAACUGCACAUAUUCUGGAUAGCUCCAUUAAUGAUACACUCCGUCAAUUCUGGGAAAUUGAAACUGAUCAGCCUCGCACCUUGUUGUCUAAGGAAGACCAAGCGUGUGAGGAGUAUUAUGCAUCCACUACAACUAGGGACAGUACAGGUCGCUAUGUUGUUAGUCUUCCAUUUCGUGAUGAUGACCCGUUAUGUCAGUAUGGGGAUUCACGGAAAGUGGCUUUAAGGAGAUUUCUCACCUUGGAGAAAAAGAUGAAUUGCGAUCCACUCCUAAAGCAGGAAUAUACCAAAGUGAUUAAUGAAUAUUUGUCACUCAAUCACAUGGAACUUAUCCAAGACCAGCAAGAAGCUGCGAAGCCAGGUUGUGUGUACAUGCCUUACCAUGCUGUUAUUCGCAACGACAGAUCCACAACCAAGUUUCGGAUGGUUUUUGACUGCUCUUCUAAAGGUGUCAACGGCAGGUCUUUGAAUGAUGAUCUCUUGGUUGGUCCACGACUACAACCAGAACUGCGUCAUAUCAUUAUGAGAUGGCGUAUUCAUCCAAUCUGCUUUAUAGCGGAUAUUAUAAAAAUGUACAGGCAGGUUAAAGUCGUGGACAAACAUACUGAUUUCCAACGCCUGCUGUGGCGUGAGAGUUCUGAUGAUGUUGUAAAAGAUUACAGGAUGUUACGUGUAACUUUCGGGGUGUCGUCAGCUCCUUAUCUUGCAGUCAAAAGUUUACAGCAAGUGGCUAAAGAUGAUGGUAAAGAUUAUCCAUUGGCUGCAGAAAGGGUGCUGACAGAUUUCUAUAUGGAUGAUCUCAUGAGUGGGUGUGAGUCUGAUGAUGAAGCCAUCCAAAUCUAUUCACAAAUGGUCAGUUUGCUAAGUAAAGCUGGGUUUGAAUUACAAAAAUGGGCAACUAAUAGCCAAAAAUUAAUGGAAACAAUUUAUCCACGCCCAGUUACUAGCUCUGACAAAGACAUAAAAAUGGAUGACAUGAUCAAAAUCCUUGGCUUGUCAUGGAAUCAUCAGACUGACUCAUUUCACUAUAAGGUUAACUUACCUCCACAGCCAAACCCCGUCACUAAGCGAAACAUCUUGUCUGACAUUUCACGUCUUUUUGAUCCACUGGGAUGGAUUUCCCCAGUUAUUAUCCGAGCUAAGAUAUACAUGCAGAAACUGUGGGUUUCAGAUCACUCGUGGGACCAGGAAGUAACUUCCAACUUGCUGACGGAGUGGAACGAGUUCCGGGAGCAGCUGCCGGUUCUCAACACCUUCAUCAUGCCAAGAUGGGUUGGUGUCCGGCAAGACGCGAGUGAUAUCCAGCUACAUGGCUAUUGCGACGCAUCCAACGACGCUUAUGCAGCAGUCGUAUACCUUCGUGUAGUGGAUCAUGAAGGUAAUGUCACUGUCCAUUUAGUCGCAGCCAGGACGAAGGUUUCUCCAAUCCGCCAAUUAUCCAUACCCCGACUUGAACUGUCCGGGGCAGUUCUUUUAUCCAAACUGCUGGGAGAAGUAUCCGCUAUUCUAUCCAUCCCAGUCAGUCGUUGCAGGGCUUGGACAGACUCGACUAUAGUUCUAGCUUGGCUUCAAGGGGAGCCGAACCGCUGGACAACGUUUGUUGCCAACCGCGUCACUGAUAUUCUAUCCAUACUAAACCAUGAUCAGUGGGCGCAUGUAGAAUCCACCAGCAACCCGGCAGACUGUGCAAGUCGAGGAAUGUCACCAGCCGAUUUUAUCCAAUUCGAGUUGUGGGUCCAGGGUCCAGCACGGCUACAAGACCCCAACUACCAGCAUCCAACAUCCGAAACUGUAUCCACUGAGCUUGAAGCCAAGCCCAUGAAAGUAAAUGUAUGUACUGUUUUAUCCUCUGAUCAGCUAUCCGAAGAGUUGAGUGUUUGGACGAAAUACUCAUCUUUAUCCAAGACGGUAAGGGUAGUAGCUUACUGUCUCAGGUUUUGUAGAAAACUGAAAGGAGAAUCGUUUCCAUCCUAUCUGACCGCAAGGGAGCUCGAUAAUGCCUUAAAGGUAGGUAUCAAAGCAAGUCAAUCCUCAGCUUUCUCUCGGGAGUUAACUAACUUGAAUAAUUCUAAUCCAAUCCCCCGGAGAAGCAUUAUAGUGUCAUUGUGUCCCUUCCUGGACGAGGAUGGCAUUAUGAGAACUCGAGGUAGGAUUGAGCAUAGCGAUCAUUCUUAUAAUGUUAAACACCCUAUAAUAAUGCCUCAUGACCAUCACUUAUCGAAGUUGAUUGUGAGUGACGCUCACACAAGGACUCUCCAUGGAGGGCCCCAACUCACCCUAAAUUAUGUAAGAUCCAAGUUUUUAAUUAUCGGUGCCAAAAGCUUGAUUAGGCAUAUUCUAAGUAAAUGUGUGAGAUGCAUUAAGUACAAAGCCACCAAAAAUCAACCUUUCAUGGCCGAUUUACCUAGUACAAGGGUGACUGUUGCUCGUGCGUUCCACCGCACCGGGUGCGACUAUGCAGGCCCUAUAAAUAUUAGAAUAUCCAAAGGUAGAGGAUGUAAAAGCUAUAAAGGUUACAUAGCACUGUUUGUAUGUAUGGUAACACGUUGUAUCCACCUGGAGGCAGUAAGUUCACUUACCACUGAAGGGUUUCUAGCAGCUUACAGACGGUUCGUCGCACGUCGGGGACCCUGUAAGGAGAUUUGGAGCGACAACGGCUCCAACUUUGUCGGUGCAUCCAAGGAGCUGCGAGUCCUCUUCCAGCAGGGCGAGUCUUCUGUCAUGAAAGAGGUCGCCGAGGCCUUAGCGAAUGAAGGUACCGAAUGGCAUUUUAUUCCACCCCGUGCUCCUAAUUUCGGCGGACUCUGGGAGGCGGGUGUCGCUUCUACUAAAUACCAUUUGAAACGAGUCCUAGAUGGAACCACUCUCACGUUCGAGGAAUUAUCAACGGUUUUGGUCCAGGUUGAGGCUUGCCUAAACAGUAGGCCCAUGUACCAGCUGCCGUCAAGUGAAGUGGACACAAGUCCACUCACCCCAGGUCACUUUCUAGUUGGCGAAGCUCUGGUAACUGCUCCAGAUCGCAACUAUGAAGAUUCUCAGAUCAGCCCGCUACAUAGAUGGCAGCUCACCCAGAAGCUCAUGCAGCAGUUCUGGCGAAAAUGGUCUCAGGAGUACCUAACAACGCUCUAUCAGAGGUACAAGUGGACUAAGGUCACCCCGGAGCCACAGGUAGGUGACGUAGUGUUAGUUAAGGAGGAUGAUAUCCCCCCCUCGAAGUGGUUAUACGGGUUAGUGCAAGAAAAGCACCCUGGUCCAGAUAAUGUCACUAGAGUCGUUACCUUAAAAUGUAAACAUUCCACACUUGUGAGACCUGUUUCCAAGUUAAUAGUGUUGCCGGUUGCUAACUAG